AAUGACAAUCAGCAAGGAAGAUGCCAAGCCACAAGGCAUAUUUUACUUUGCACAUGACAAGACCAUAUUUAAGGUUCUAGCUAGUGUGGGAUUAUAUAGACCUUCUCAACAUUUGAAGCAUGACAAUUUUGCAGAAUUGAGGAACAGGAAGUGGCGAACAAGCUUUCUCUCUCCCUUCAGCGCUAAUGUUGCAUUUGUUCUUUACAGGUGUGGAUUAGAGUACAAAAUAGGAACAUUCUUCCAAGGUCAGCCUACACCCCUCUCAGAACUUUGCCAAGGUGUGGUGUGUCGAUGGGAGGAGAUAAAACCAUGGCUGAAUGAAAAUAAUCUUACCUGCAACCUUAGUAAAUUGUGCAUGAUGCAUGAUGAACUCUAAGAAGAACUGACCAUGCUAAAGGCAUAUAAUAUAUAAUAAAGCUUUAUAAUAUAGUUGGCAAUUUUGAGGUUUGCAUUAUGUUAUGUUGGGCAUAUAUGGACUGAUUAAUAAUCCCAAAUCAUAACAGAUAAUGGAGAAUAAUAGAGAUUCCUCAAGAAGUGUGGAACAAUGCAUUGCCAACUAGCUUAUGGCAUUAUGAAGCAAUAGUAUAUUCUUUGAAGUACAUUACAGAUAAUGGCCUGGAAAGCCUUAAAUAUGUGGGUUGAGAAACCAAUUUGAAAUGUGUGCAGAUAUUGGCUGUCUCUAUUUCCUCCUUAGGCUUCCACCUUGACCCUCAGGUCAUUUCCAGUGGUGUAGCCCAUUGCCUCCUGGACACCCCUAACUUCACUGAAUAAAAGUGUAUUUUUGCUAGUGCAUUGGCAACUGGCCUCUAAGGUCUAAUUAGCUCUGGUUCAUAGGGAAAGAAUGCAAGACAUGAAGAGGUCAGUGAUAUCACUGCCUUGCCAUCAUCUGUUGCGUAUCACUAAAGCUAACUAGGCAAACUCUAUGGUAUCCAGAAGUGUCUAGAUCUAGAGAAUUGCCAUACUACCCUGUGGGACUACACCUGUGCAUCUUUAAUAGCCAACACUUACCUUUUAUACACUGAACCUGAAUAUGGUGCCUCCAGCUUCAAGAAGACCCUUGUUAUAUACUGCAGCUUUGUUCCAGUAGGAUUAAAGAUUAUAGGUUCAUAAAAAAAUGCAUGUUAAAGCCCCUGAAAGAGUUAUGUAACAAACUUGUCAAGGAAACCAACGACCCCAAAGCAACCACCUUCCUUCUCCAGAGACUGUGUGGCAAUUCAGAAAGGAAAUGCCUGCAAUAUCCUAGGAAUGAAGCUCCUUAGGUAAGCUAAAUAAAGUUUUAUGCUGUUGUGCUAUCCUCAUUCCUAAUACAGUGGUACCUCGAGUUUCAAACAGCUCCCAACUUGAACAGUUAUGUAAAUGUAUUUUUGUAAGUGCUUUUGUAAGUGUAUUUUUAGGGGUCUGAAACGGACUAACCUAAUUUACAUCAUUCCUUAUGGGAACAAAUUUGUUCAGUAUCAGCACUCAGCCUUCUGGAAUGAAUUAAGUUCGUAACUUGAGGUACCACUGUAUAUCCAUUGAAAGAAAAGCUCUCCUUAGAAUUUCUGUACUGUAGUUUAAUAUUCAUUAUUUCACAUAGCUGUCCUUGUGCAGGACAGACAAAGGCGUUUACUUUGAGGAUGGGUAGCUGUUGUAGUUCCUACAUAUUCAGCAAAUGCUCACUGAUAUUGAAUGAGAAUGAUAAUUCCACAGCCAAUAUUAAGGUGAGUAUAUCCAGGAACAGUAACAGGCUUGUCUAUAAUUUUUAAUUUUGCUGGGUUAUCUGCCUGAGUAGCAUCUUUAACCUGCACUACACUUCACUCAUUGUGGCUAUGGAAAGUGACCCCUUAGAUCAAGAGCUGUCAAGAUUGCUUGGCUUGCUUUAUUAACACACAGCACAUCAGAGGCUGCACACAUCAAAAGUUGCACUGGAAUGAAUUGUAAAAUUUCUUGACUAGGUUUGUGCAAAAUACAUAAUACAGUGGCAGUGGUACCCAAUGCAGAAACUUCUCAUGAUUAUAAUGAGGAGGCUUCUUGAGGGAAGUUCCCUGAUAACAGUGAGGGACUCUUGAUCCAAAGAAUUGGAUUGACUCUGAUUCCCUCCUAUUCUCCAAGAUGUGGAGGUUGAGAAGUUAUCUGGUAUGGGAUCUAAAGCAGCAGUUGUCUUGAUUGUAGAGUGAGGGAAAUGUCAGGUAUCUCAAGGACGACUUACAAAGCUUUGUAAGUUAGGGGCCUGAACCAUGGCCAGGAAUUAUUAACAAUACUCAUAAAACAGUAAUCCCUAUUGCCCUACCCAUCAUCAAUAGAAGGGAGGCUUAAGCAUUUACUAAAACAAAUGACCCAUGGCUAAUAGAAAGACAUAAGAAGUGACCAACAGUGGAGACAGUGAUGACUGAAAGGGUACCUGUCAUUUGAUACCCACUUAGCAUUAGCAAAAUAUACUGGACCACCACCAGACAGUGAAGAGAGAGGUCCAAUUAUUAUUCUAAUCAAAUUAAGCACUAAACCCAUAAAGGUCACAUAGUGCUGUGAGAGAUAUGCAAAACAAGCCAAUUAGUAAUUCAGUGGAGCCAGCAAUGACUCUCCAGCUUGACUUCUAUUUUCUCACCAAAGAAUCACAUAUCCCACCUGAUGGCCAGAGUUCCAAGGGCAGGCUUAACUUCCAAGCAAGUGAAAGCAAGGAGUAUACAGGUCACUAUGCAAGUUAAACACAACAGGUCAGUGCUUAGUUUAGCCUUCAUUUGUUGUGGCCACCCCAAGGGAGCCAAAGCAUGGCCACAUCAGCAAUGAUCAUAAUCCUCUCACCACUUAUGUAAAGAAACUGUUCCACCAGAGGGUCCUCUUGGAAAGCCCUACCUUUCAACAGUUUUGAUUUAGUACAUUUCUGCUCCCUGUUGUCAAUUCUCUUCCGCCAUAUGACUCGCACAGGCUUGACACACUAUUUUCAGUAUGAUAAUUCCCAAAGUGUCUUGCACAAUUUUCUUCAACAUGGUUAUGAAAAGCUUAUAAGAAUACAGGUAUAGAAAUUUAAGCAGUGAAUGACUUGUAUGACUUUAGUGCAUUUGCAAAUAACUUCAUUUCUGAAGGAAAGUAAAACAAAGCAUUUCAAUGUGAGUUAAGAUUCUUGUAAAAAUAAUCUAUAUAAUUAUAUACAGUACAUGAUUAGGUGCAACAAAAUAUGACAAAAGCCUAUCACUGAUAAUGGUAAAAUGAACAUAUGAUUUGUUAAAAAAUGUCACCAUUACACUUCACAGGGGCUCAAGGUAUGAGUUUACUGAUCACUAUGAAAGAUGAGUUUUGUAUAGUAUACCCAAAUAUAUAUAAAAUUAGAAUAGUAAGUUUGCUGCUAAAUAGUUCAUAGGCUGUGCUGAGUGAUACGUUCAUAAUGCUAAAAAAAAAAAAAAAAAAGAAAU